AUGUUGCUGAAACCCGCAACCCCUCUCUCAGUGCUACUGUUCAUCUCGUUUGUGCUACUGCUGCUCUCCACUCUCUCGACGCCUGUCAUCAGAGCGAUUCCCCUCGCAACUUAUCAGAAUGUAGACUUUGGCGUUUUUGGGUAUUGCAGGGGGUCGACAUGCAGUGUAGCUCGCGUGGGCUAUGACACAGAAAAUAUCUUUGGCGCCAGCGAAAGCAGUGAUUUUAAUCUCUCGUCCAGCGCCCGCAACUAUCUCUCAGCCAUCCUGAUUGUCCAUCCGGUGGCUGCUUUCUUGGUUCUGGUCUGUUUGAUCAUGGCCGUAGCCUCUCACUUCCAUUCACCAUCACACUCCCCUCGGUAUCUGCUGGCGCUGUUGAUUCUGCUCUUACCGACAGUUCUCGUGACUCUAUUGGCAUUCUUGGUGGAUAUCCUUCUUUUCGUGCCGCAUCUAAAAUGGGGAGGAUGGAUAGUGCUUGCCGCAACGAUUCUUCUCGUUGCCUGCGGAGUUGUUACAUGUGCCAUGCGGCGAACGCUGGUCAGUCGCAAGGCGCGAAGGAAGCUUGUAUCUGAAAAUGCGGAGAUGAACGGCGAGAACUAUUACGCCCGACAAGACGCAGAAGCUGCUGCAGCGGGUCUUGCCAAAGCGGAGUCCCCCCCUCCUCUCAGUUCAGAUCUCAAGACUCCUCUGAUCAGCUCCAAUUCGAAUGCGGACUCUGCGCCUACUUUUACGACCUACAAUUCGAGUCGCGCGACAGAUGAUGGAUCGCACACUUUGGCAGACUCUGGGAAUCACGGGUUUUCUACGGCGGAAGAGAGUGCCGCGUUUUAUGACCAUUCAAUUCGACCUGUACGUCCAGGAUAUCACGGUCCGCGUGACGAGUAUGGGAACCCAAUCCCGCCUGCAGCGUCUGGUACGUCUGAAGGAGGAGGAGGAGGAGCAGGCAUGAUAAGGUCGAAUUCUACCGAGCGAAUGUUGCAAAGCCAGUAUUCCGAUGGUAGUUUGGGCUCCCAAAGAGGUCCGCCUCAGGGAUACGGACCUCCGGGACAGCCUCCACGAGGCCGAGGCUACCCGCCUCGAGGCGGAUAUGGACGGGGAGGGCCGGGACCGAUGCCGUAUGGCAGUCGUGGACGGGGACCUCCACCAAAUGGAAGAGGCGGUUCAGUGCGCGGGAUGCGUGGUGGUCCCCCUCCUGGUGGAAUGCCUCGAGGCCGGGGUCCUCCACCUGGGUACCCCCCGCGCCGCGAUGGAUAUGACCACUAUGCAGCGAUGGGCCGUCGACCUUCUGAUGGGUCAGGCGGAGGCUAUGGGCCAAGUCGUAGCAAUUCCAACAACUACUCGCGGCCCUAUCCUCCCAGCCAUAUGCGAAACCCGUCUGCUUCACAGCCUAAUCUUCCCGAAUUGAAUGAUCCCAGUUAUGCAAUUGAGAUGAUGCCUCAAUCCAGCGAGCCGAAUCUACGAGUUCGAAAUGGGGAAGAUCUAGCCCAACCCAAUCGGUUUUCCAAUAAUGAGUCUAUUCCUAGUCCAACUAGUGUUUACAGCAAUGAGCCUUAUGCCCCCCCCCGCUCGGGUUGGGCUGCCCAAGGACGCAUGGGCCGCGUGGACGAGCGUGGCAUGACCAGCAGCAGCCCGCAGCACACGCGCGAGCCGUCCGGGGACCAGUACUUUGAAGACGUCGAUCCUCGGUUCGCCGACGAUACUGCUUCUCCAAUGCCAUCGGCACUCCUAGCCGGAAGACCAAAUGGUGAGAUAGAGCCACCAGCAUCAUUGAAGAUCCCCGGGGAAAAUGCGGGAAACGGACCUUACUCACCAGCUAUUAGCGAUAUAAGCCAAGGAAGCCAUUUUACGUCAAUUUCAGAGCGACCCAUCAAUCCUAACUGGCAAGGGCCAGCUGCAGCACCAGCUUCAGGCCCAGCCGCAGCCAAUCGCGGACCGCGCGUGCAGGACGUUGUUUUAGACGCGAACCCUGACUUUGAGCUUUCCCGAGGUCGCGGGGAUGGCCGAUACGGACGGGGAGGCCGAAUGACGCCGGUGAUAGAAAACAGGGGCCGACGGUAUUAG